GAUGGUGCAGGCCCCGCAUCCCGGUUGGGGCUCGCCUCCGUUGCCAGAGCUGGUGGCUUUCAGCGACUCCAAACGGCUCCAACCCACUGGCGGGACGACUCCGCAAGUCUUUGGCUGGAAAGUGAAGGAGGAAGUCUGCGAGGAAGAGUUGGGGACCGCGGAGGCCCAGAGGCAGAUGUUCCGGCAUUUUUGCUACCAGGAUGCUGAAGGACCCCGUGAAGUCUGCAGCCGUCUCCGGGAACUCUGCCACCGGUGGCUGAAGCCGGAGAGGCACACCAAGGAGCAGAUCCUGGAGACCCUGGUGCUGGAGCAGUUCCUGGUCAUUCUGCCUCCGGAGAUCCAAGGCUGCGUCAGGGACCGGGGACCAGAGAGUUGUGCCCAGGCGGUGGCCCUUGCUGAGGGCUUUCUCCUAAGGCAGAAGGAGGCCCAAUUGGGUCAGGAUUGCUUUGAGGAAAUGACGGUGAAUCUUCCAAGGAUCCAUCAAGUCUGCCUGGGGGCCUCUCGAAAGCUAGGUACUGUAAAGGAUGGGUCCCCCCCCCCCCGUGUCCUAAUCUAUUGGUAGAACUGAUCCACCUUACAGGGUGAUGGUUUUACCAGAAAUAGGAAGUAC